AUGCUCGCUGCCGACGCGAAACGCUCAAGAGCCUGUGAAGCCUGUCGCGGCCUCAAGGUGCGAUGUGAUAUGGACAACAGCGGGAACCCGUGCAAGCGCUGUGCAAAGGCUGGUCGCCAAUGCAUCGUCACCCAGCCCAGCCGACGCCGUCAGAAGAAGGCAGACACACGCGUCGCCGAGCUCGAGAAGAAGAUCGACGCCCUCACCCAGGUCCUCCACCAGCAGCAACAGCACCUGCCGCAUCAGUCGCCCCUCCAGCCCGAUGCCUAUCCUCAGCCCACCUUCGAGCCCGUCAAGCACGAGGCGCCCCUCGCCGACAUCGACUACGACGCCGAAGACCGUCGCAAGCGCAGACGCCUCGACGACCCUUCCAAGCCUCUGUACCACACCAUCUACACCGAGUAUGGUGAGUACGUCAAGCAGCGCGUCCGUCAGAUUAUCGACUGGGAUUCAGCCUGCACCAUCUUCGCCCAUUUCAAAGACCGUCUGAUUCCUGAGUUCCCCGCCAUCGUGCUACCUGCCGACGCAACUCCUGAGUGGAUGCUCGAAAAUAAGCCCAUCUUGUUCUUGUGCAUCUCGGCUGCCGCAUGCUUCAGAUUCGUGGCUACUGAGGUGCAGGAUGCCUUGACUGAGGAAGUCUUCGACGUGCUUGCUACGGCCGUCAUCCGUAAAGGUCUCAAGAGUCUCGAGAUCAUCCAGGGGCUACAGGUCGCUUUCCUCUGGCACAAGCCGCCGGACCGCCCUGCCCAGGCAAACUUCUACAUGCUCAUCCAUAUGGCCGUCGUCAUGUCCCUUGACGUUGGUCUAGGAAAGCGUUUCAACCCCAACAAGGUGAAGCGUGGCUUCGGUGGGGUAGGCGCCGAUCUACCUCCUGGUCCUGGCAGUCAACUCGUCGACUCGGAUGCGAUUGAGUCUCGCAGAGCGUGGUUGACAUGCUACUACACUUCAGCAAGUGUCUCGCAGGUCUUACGUCGCCCCAAUCUCUUGCGCUGGUCAAAUUACAUGCAGGAGUGUGUUGACAUUCUGGAGAGCUCAUCUGAAGCCGCUUCUACCGACCCCUUGUUUGCCCAGCACAUCAAGAUUCAGCGUAUCUGCGAUGAGAUCUCCAUUUCUUUUGCCAUGGAAGAUCCAACUGCUUCCAUCUCCAUUCUGGAUCCAAAGGUUGCUUAUACUCUGACCGUACUUGAGCAGAAGCUCACCGAAUGGGAGCAAAACUUGCCAUCCCAUUUGAAACUCCCGACCUUGAUGUUCUACAGACAUGUCACAUCUCUGUAUCUUCAUGAAAUUGGCCUGCAUGUCAAUCACAACACCGACGACUUCAAGGUGCCAUUCAGCGAAGGAACCCUCAAGUCUGGCAGUCACUUCUCCGAGACGCUCAGCCAAAAGCAGAUGGCCUCAAUCGAGGCCUGCCUCACAGCAUGCCACAACGUCAUCGGAACCUUUUGCGACUUUGGUCCCGAGACAGUGUCUACACUUCCUGCCCUCUUGUAUUUUGUGCGCAUCGUUUAUGCUCUUGUUGUUCUUAUCAAGAUGCAUGUCGCUGCCACCUAUCCAGGCUCAGAGCUAGGUAAGGUCAUCAAACCUGAGGACAUCAAGGCUCCUGAAUUCUUGGAACGCGUCUACCACUGUUUCGUUGCACUGUCGCAGGGCCGCUCUCAAAAAGCCUUCCACAAGGCUCACCAGAUCCUCAGUCUUCUCCGGGAGUGGAUUGCUUCACAUCCCAACGGUGUCGAUAGCACAAAAGAAGCAAACACUCGUGGCGCUGCCCCCCAGCGUCUUCCCUCGCGUGACAAUGACAGUCUUCGCGUCUUGAGUGAGGCCGCGACCGCAGGUGCUGAGCCUGAUCGUACUAACUGGAGCUUUGACUCUCCAUAUGCACCCUCGUCCCAGUACCCAUCGCAUGAUCUCCCCAAUCAGGCUGCUCGUUCUCAGAGCGAUGCUGCUUACAGCAAUGCUGGGAACUAUGCUUCUACUGUCAUGUCAACUCCGGGAUCCACCAACCAGCAGGGCCUGUCUGCCAACGAUGCCACUGCGUAUGCCAACAUGCUUGACCCUAGCUUCGCUAAGCAGUCGGGCGGUCCCGAGUGGACUCAGGGCUUGGACUUUGAGCAGGCUAUCGAUGUUGCCUUAUCCGGCUUGGACUUCUCCGGCGAUCUGUACACCAGCUUCUUUGGAGACGGUGCGGACGCAUUCCAGAUUCCCGCCGAUGCUGCUGCCAAUGGUGGUAGAUGGUGA